AUGGCCUGCUGGGUGGCGGCCGCCAUGCACCUGCUGCUGCUCUGCAACGCCGCGGCCGCCGCGCGCGCCGCCGUCGCCCUGUUCGCCGCCGUCGACGGCACGACGCCGCUGCCCCCGCGCCUGUCCCUCGCGGAGGCCGCGGCCGCGACCGGCACAGGCGACUACGACGACGGCACCACCGGGGACAAGGGGUCCCAGGCCAUCGUGGGGAGCCCCAUCGUGGCCGGCGCCAUGAGCGACCGCCUCAGGGCGCUCACCUCCUCCUUCGCCAUCGCCAUCGGCAAGAAGCUCGACUACUGCAUCAAGGACACGGAGACGGAGUGGAAUCAGGCCUUCGAUUUCUCAAAGGACACCACCUUCCUCACCAAUUGUAUGAAGGAGACCAAGGGGGACCUCCAGCAGCGGAUCUGCACGGCGGCGGAGAUGAGGUUCUACUUCGACAGCCUGAUGGGCGGCGGAGACACGGCGGAGACCAACUACGUGAAGCCCAACGUGAACUGCAACCGGUCGUCGUGGAUCGACGGGUGCGAGCCCGGCUGGGCGUGCAGCGCCGGUCCCGACCAGAAGAUCGACCUGCAGAACUCCAAGGACAUCCCCUACAGGCCGCUCAAGUGCCAGUCCUGCUGCCCAGGCUUCUUCUGCCCCCAUGGCCUCACCUGCAUGAUCCCUUGCCCUCUGGGUGCUUACUGUCCACGGUCCAGCCUGAAUACUUCCACAGGCAUCUGUGACCCGUACAACUAUCAGCCGCCGCCCGGAAACCCGAACCACACCUGCGGAGCCGCCGACAUCUGGGCGGAUGUGGUCACAGCAGAUGAUAUCUUCUGCCCUGCUGGAUUCUACUGCCCCAGCACUAUACAGAAGCUCCCUUGUAGUAGUGGGUAUUAUUGCAGGAAGGGGUCAACCUCACAGACUAGAUGCUACAAGAAGAGCUCUUGCCCACCAAACUCUGCUACUCAGGACAUCACUAUAUUCGGCGCGCUGCUUGUGGUUGCAUCCUGCUUAGUCCUUCUUAUCAUCUACAACUUCUCCGGCCAAAUCCUGACCAACCGCGAGAAGAGGCAAGCGAAAUCUCGAGAGGCUGCCGCAAGGCAUGCGAGAGAGACCGCACAGGCUCGAGAGAGGUGGAAGUCAGCUAAAGACGUCGCCAAGAAGGCGGGCGUGGGACUGCAGUCGCAACUGUCCCGCACCUUCUCGCGCAAGAAGGCUGGCCAGGCACAGCCCGGACCGUCCAGGGUAGGAGACGCAGGUGGGAAGAAGAACAAUCUUACUGACAUGAUGCGCUCGAUUGAGGAUAACCCAGAGAGCGAUGAGGGGUUCAACCUGGAAGUAGGAGACAAGGCCCUGAAAAAGCCCACGGGGAAACAGAUGCACACCCGGAGCCAGAUCUUCAAGUACGCGUAUGGUCAGAUCGAGAAGGAGAAGGCCAUGCAGCAGGAGAACCAUAACAUGACCUUCUCAGGCGUUAUAUCCAUGGCAAAAGACCAUGAUGUCAGUACGAGACCAUCCAUUGAGAUCGCCUUCAAGGACCUAACUCUGACACUGAAGGGAAGCAAGAAGAAGCUCUUGAGAUCAGUGACAGGGAAGCUCUCACCUGGUAAGGUAGCUGCCGUCAUGGGCCCGUCUGGCGCAGGGAAAACCACGUUUCUGAGCGCCAUUGCCGGUAAGGCAACCGGGUGUGGAACAUCGGGUCUGGUAUUAAUAAAUGGCAAGAUCGAACCGAUUCGAGGGUACAAGAAGAUCAUUGGCUUUGUUCCCCAAGAUGACAUCGUCCAUGGCAACCUAACUGUUGAAGAAAACCUCUGGUUCAAUGCAAGAUGCAGGCUGUCAGCAGACAUGUCGAAAGCCGAUAAGGUCCUCGUCGUGGAAAGGGUCAUCGAGUCCCUUGGGCUGCAGCCAGUUCGAGAUUCUUUGGUUGGGACGGUAGAGCAGCGUGGCAUCUCUGGUGGCCAGCGCAAGAGAGUCAAUGUCGGCCUCGAGAUGGUGAUGGAGCCGUCGGUGCUGAUCUUGGAUGAGCCGACGUCUGGUUUGGACAGUGCCUCCUCCCUGCUUCUGCUCCGCGCCCUUCGUCGUGAAGCUCUCGAAGGCGUCAACAUCUCCAUGGUCGUCCAUCAGCCCAGUUACACUCUCUACAGAAUGUUUGAUGACCUGAUACUUCUAGCCAAAGGGGGCAUGACGGUGUACCAUGGGCCCGUGAAGAAGGUGGAGGAGUACUUCACAGGGCUGGGCAUCAUCGUGCCAGAGCGGGUGAACCCACCAGACUACUACAUCGACAUCUUGGAGGGCAUUGUGAAGCCCAACUUAAGCCCAGGUGUCAGUGUGAAGGAUCUGCCGAUCAGAUGGAUGGUGCACAACGGGUACGAUGUCCCGCGGGAUAUGCUGCAGAGUUCUUCACAAUCAGAGUCGACGUCCAGGGGAAGCAUGGAUCAUGCUUCGAGCCACGACGAUGCAGCGCCAUCCAUUGUUUCAGUACUCUGGGGCAAUUUCAAGGAUAUCCUCGGGCAGAAGAAGGACGAGUAUGAUUACAACAAGACUUCAGAGGAUUUGUCAAAACGUAAGACUCCCGGCAUCCUGAGGCAGUACAGAUACUUCCUAGGAAGGUGCGGCAAGCAGAGGCUCCGUGAUGCCAGGAUACAGGGAGUUGACUAUUUGAUCCUUUGUCUUGCCGGUAUAUGCCUGGGAACACUGGCGAAAGUGAGCGACGAGACGUUUGGAGCGCUGGGAUACACUUACACUGUCAUUGCUGUCUCUCUGCUCUGCAAGAUCGGAGCCCUGAGAUCGUUCACGCUGGACAAGAUAAACUACUGGAGGGAGAGAGCCUCCGGGAUGAGCUCCCUGGCCUACUUCAUGUCCAAGGACACCAUAGAUCACUUCAACACCAUUGUUAAGCCCAUUGUCUACCUCUCCAUGUUCUACUUCUUCAACAACCCAAGGUCGUCCAUAUGGGAGAACUACAUUGUCCUCCUUGCACUCGUCUACUGCGUCACUGGCAUCGGCUACACCUUCGCCAUCUUCUUCCAGCCAGGUUCUGCACAGCUGUGGUCUGCUUUGCUUCCAGUGGUUUUGACUCUGAUAGCAACACAGCAGAAGGACACGAUCCUUGCCGAUCUGUGCUACACAAAGUGGGCUCUGGAAGCCUUUGUCAUUGCAAACGCUCAGAACUAUUCCGGAGUGUGGCUAAUAACACGGUGUGGCUCACUGGUCAGGAGCGGCUACGACAUUGAGCACGAGGCUCUCUGUAUAGCGGUCCUCAUUGCUAAUGGGAUACUCUUCCGCUGUGUAGCAUUCUUCUGCAUGGUCACCUUCCAGAAGAACUAA